AUCACUGGUGUCUGAAUGAAAUAAAUAUUCUGGUCUGCAACAGGAUAGGGAUGUUGCUGGACCAUUGACUAGAGAUGUGCACUUGUUGAUGAUGUCAUCACAUGGGAGCAGCAUCACAGGGGGCUUGUGAUCCCACAAUGCACCAAGCUGUUUCCAUGGCGACCAUUUAGUCCAAGUCCCUCCCCUGUAACCUCAUAACCUCUGGCAAAGCAGGAUGGCUUUGUCAUAUCUGCCUUGCACAGGAUAUCACCACCCAACAUCUUCCUCAGCUGCGAGGCAGGUAGCGUAGGGAUGUACCAACACAAGCCAGGCUUAAGGAGAAGAUGAGUGCCUUAGGCGAAAUGCAGAUUGAUUUCUUGGUUAAUAAUGAGGAGUGCUCAGAGGAGAAGAUAUCGGCGGACAUCUUUGACCCCCCGGCACAUCAGGAAGACCAGGCCUUAAGGGAGCCUCAGCCGUCAUGUUCCGGCGAACACCUGAAGGCUACCUCCAAGUCCAAAACGAAAGGCAGAGAGCUCCACAAACCUUCCUUCCCUUGGAAAUUCCUCUUUCCGAAGCGCGGCGUCUCCAAGCUCAUUUUCCAGGUGGUGGCCUCGGGAGAGAAACGUCACGGCGUCUCCCUGCAAGCCCUCAAGAAGAGUGUGGCGGCCACCGGAUAUGACCUCGAGAAGAAGAAGAGCUACUUCAAGAGGGUCUUGAGGGCCUUGGUGGCCAAAGGUGUUUUGCGGAAGCUGACUGGCCGAGGGCUCACGGGCUGCUACGCCAUCAGCCGGAUGAUGAUGAGGUUGCUGAGGAGGAGGAGCCAGAAGAGGAGGAGAAGGGGGAAGGGGAAGGGGAAAGGGAAGGGGAAGGCCUUGCCAGAUCUCAAGCCGAAGCAAGUACCCAAGAAGAAAAAGAGGAAGAGCAGAAAGAGGAGGAAGAAGAAGACCAAGAGGAUGACAUCUAAGCCGUCUGACUUGCAGAGUCCUAUGCUGAUGACAGGUUCCCAUAGCUGACGCUGUGUGUAAGGAGGAAAAAGAAUAAAGUGUCGUAUUUGAAGUGCCUCUGUUUUUGUGCCUCUUAUUUGAGAUGGUUAACAUCUUGUCCAAAGACACGAGAAAGGGCAGCUUCUUCUCAGUCUUUUGAGAUGGAGGUCUGAA